AUGAGACCCCCAAAGACGACCACAGCUGGCGAUGAGGCUGAGAAGUUCCUGGCCGAGAUUGGUGCUUUUAUGGCAGAAGCACGCGGGCUGUAUCCCAAGAGCCACAACAAACACAAGCUCAGCUAUCAGCACGCGAGACAGCAAAUUGUCCAUCUCCUGGACAUGUGCGCGGGUAAAGGUAUUGCCAAGGCUUGGGCUGGCCAUCAAUUCACCCUCUUCACCGGCGUGCAGGCGCAAACCCAGAUACGGAGACCGCCGGCUAGUCUAAGGCUCUCUGUGAGCAAGCGCCUUGAUCUACAGAGAUGUAUCAAAGAGCAUGUUUUCGUUGAAAAGCUGAGACGCUUUCUCAUGGCAUCUGAGCAAGAUCAGACCAGGAUGACUCGCGAGUCCAAAAGAGAACACGACGACCAGGAUGACUAUUUCAGAUCUCGAUCCUCCAAGAAGGCCAAGAAGCAUCGCCAGCGACCACAACUGGAUCCAGAUCUGGCUUUGGCGGACGAGGAUGACAAAAACAGCGGCGAUGAGAUCAAGCUGGGGCACAAAAUGGGAACGGGAUCUUUACCGGGCAAGUCUACGCGAGCUGGCACUAGUGUCGAGCCCCAACACAUCAUCGACAAAGACAUCGAUCCGCGAACUACCGCGUCCGCAAGACUAGCCAACGAACUCUUCCCCGAGACCGUGAAUCCUCAGCUCAUGUUCACGCCGCCUGCCUCUGCGAGUCAUGCCAGGGCCGUGGGCCGUGGUCAAGCACAAGACUUCACUACAUCCCCCACGUCCAAGAGACGGUCCAAAGCACCAUCCACGGAGCCGACGGAACGAUGGUCCCCGCCGUUGCUCAGGAAUCUCGAGAGCACCGAUAGCGAAGAUGACGAGACAGCGCACGGCGCGGCUGCCCAUGGAGUGAAUUCGGUCGAGAAGACGGAGCCGCAGCUCGGCCCAAAAGUGCUGGAGGACUUUCUCACGCUGAAGCAACAGAUCCAGAACAUCUCGAAGGACUCUUUUGACCCCCAGCGAAACGGCUCAGCGUUGAGCCGUCUUGAGGCAGCAUUCUUGUCCAUCACCAAGCUCAACGCGAGGAUGCCGGGUGAUACGUGGGCAGAGUACCAAGACAAGCUGCGCAAGAAUUUCUCCCAGCCCUCGAUUCAGGGUAUGAACUUUAGCAAGCUACUCAGCCAGAUCGGGAGCAUUGUCUUCCUCGGCGAGGAAUCGACUGUGCUCAAUGAUGAGCAUCACAGGGAUUUCGACAGAUUGCGCAGGGCGGCGAAGCUAUGCGUCUGGCUGGCUGCGAGAACCAAGGACCCAGCAGAGCGAGAGAAUGCAAUUGAGCGGCCCAGCAAGCGUGGACGACCGUCGAAAAAGGACCCUCCCAAGGUCGUCAAGCAGGAGACCGUGACGUCUGAGGACUACCAGGAAAACGAGAACGACAAUUCGGCGGAGGAUGGGGAGGCCUCUGACGAGGAAUACCAAGAGACGGAUGGCGAUGACGCGGAGCAGGACGAAAAAGAUGACGACAAUGGGGUCGACGAGGAUGCGCCCAUGAAAGUGACAAUCAUCCCACUCGAGCAGCUCCGCGACGAGGGAGGUGUUGCAUACGAUGAUCAAAAGGUCCACAAGAACACGUGUCAUUUUCUCUCGGAUCUCAAAGCGAACAACAAGCGAGCUUGGCUGAAAUCACACGACGGCGAAUACCGGCGCGCACUAAAGGACUGGAACACAUUUGUCGAGGCCAUCACCAUGACCAUCAUCGACAUUGACGAGACGAUCCCAGAGCUGCCCGUCAAGGACGUUAGCUUCCGCAUCCACCGCGACAUCCGCUUCAGCAAGGACCCGACGCCCUACAAGCCACAUUUCUCUGCGGCGUGGUCGCGCACGGGCCGCAAGGGGCCGUAUGCGUGCUACUACAUACAUCUCGAACCCAAACAUAGCUUCAUCGGGGGCGGUCUGUGGUGUCCGGAGAAGGACAGUCUCGCACGACUCCGGCGGAGCAUCGAUGCGAGACCGGCUCGGUGGCGGCGCGUGCUGGAGAACCCGACCUUUAAGGACGUUUUCUUUCCCAAGAUCAAGACGGGCAAGGGCAAGGAAGAUGCCCUGGUUGAUGCGUUCUUUGAAAAGAAUAAGGAGUAUGCGCUCAAGAAGAGGCCACAGGGGUACGAGAUCACGCAUCGGGACAUCAAGCUCCUCCGGCUGAAGAGCUUCACAGUGGGCAAGAAAAUCGACGAGUCCAUGCUCUUAGCAGACAAUGCGCAAGAACAGAUCGGGGACGUUAUCAGAGGCCUCGCCCCCUUUGUUGAGUUUCUGAAUACCAUUGUCAUGCCAGACCCUGGUGCCGAUAGUAGCGGUAGCGACGAGGAUGGCAACCUGGAAGAGGAGGAGGACGAUGAUGGACUAUGA